UUUUCAACAUGAAUUAUACGGAGACCAGCUCAUUGGCAGAAUCAACUACGAUAGCUUUUACGCCUGAGUUAGGAAGUAUCAUACCUGUGCCUUCCAAUGAGACCACUUGUGAAAACUGGCGAGAGAUACAUCAUCUAGUUUUUCAUGUAGCAAAUAUUUGUUUUGCAGUUGGUUUGGUUAUUCCAACUACUCUUCAUCUUCAUAUGAUAUUUCUUAGAGGGAUGUUUACGAUAGGAUGUACCCUCUAUAUUGUGUGGGCCACUCUCUACCGAUGUGCCUUGGAUGUAAUGAUCUGGAACUCUGUGUUCUUGGGUGUCAACAUUUUGCAUCUUUCAUAUCUUUUGUACAAGAAGAGACCGGUAAAGAUUGAAAGGGAGCUCAGUGGCAUCUACCGGCGACUGUUUGAACCACUCCAUGUGCCUCCAGAUUUGUUCAGAAGAUUAACUGGACAGUUUUGCAUGAUUCAAACCUUGAAAAAGGGCCAGACUUAUGCUGCAGAGGAUAAAACCUCAGUUGAUGACCGUCUUAGUAUUCUCCUGAAGGGAAGAAUGAAGGUCUCCUAUCGAGGACAUUUUCUGCAUAAUAUUUACCCCUGUGCCUUUAUAGACUCUCCUGAAUUUAGAUCAACUCAGAUGCACAAAGGUGAAAAAUUCCAGGUCACCAUUAUUGCAGAUGAUAACUGCAGAUUUUUAUGCUGGUCAAGAGAAAGAUUAACUUACUUUCUGGAAUCAGAGCCUUUCCUGUAUGAAAUAUUUAGGUAUCUUAUAGGAAAAGACAUUACAAAUAAGCUCUACUCAUUGAAUGAUCCCACCUUAAAUGAUAAAAAGGCCAAAAAGCUGGAGCACCAACUCAGUCUCUGUGCACAGAUCUCCAUGCUGGAAAUGAGGAACAGCAUAGCCAGCUCCAGUGAUGGCGAAGAUGGCUUGCAGCAGUUUCUGAGGGGCUCCUCCAGCACAUCUUCCUUUCACAUGUCCUCCCCUCACCAGCGAGCCUCUGCCAAGAUGAAGCCAAUACAGGAAGGGGUGGAAGAUGACGAUGAAGUCUUUGAACCCACGACUCCAAAUACAUUUAAAGUUCAUCAGUUUCCUUGAUCAAAAUUCAAGUUACCAACAUGGAAUUUGUCCUGAAGAAAUUCUAAAUAUACCAGCACUUUUUCACAGCUUUUAGACUCUUCUGCUUUAGUACAUCCAAACUGGCAGAGACUGAGUGCAAGAAAGUGAGGAAGGGUAAAAAAUGAAAAGGUUAUUUUUAUUGUCCUUUUUAUUGGCAAGCUUUUUAAGUUUUACUGAGCCUUCUGACUAAACC